GAAUAUAUUCACUUCGGCCGGACUUAACGAAGAAAUGGCCAAAUACUCGACUAUAGGCGUCGGUGUCGUUAUGGUGGCCAUGACUCUCGUCUCCAUUAUGCUUAUGGAUAGGACCGGACGCAGGACUCUACAUCUCUAUGGAUUGGGAGGAAUGUUCAUAACGUCUAUGUUUUUGACUAUUUUUCUUCUGUUUGGGUUUUUAUACACAUGGAUGGCAUAUAUGAGUGUAUUUAGCACUUUGAUAUAUGUCGUCUUCUUCGCCAUCGGCCCCGGUUCGAUCCCAUGGAUGAUCACCGCAGAGCUGUUCUCACAGGGACCCCGACCCGCCGCCAUGAGUAUCGCUGUAUUAGUCAAUUGGUUCACUAAUUUUAUGGUUGGGUUAGCCUUUCCUUUGAUGACAGCGUAUAAUGAGAACGCCAUCGAGAAGUACUCAUUCUUACCAUUCACUGUAUUUUUGGCCAUAUUUUGGAUCUUCACGUAUUGGAAAGUUCCCGAAACCAAGAACAGGACCUUCGAGGAGAUAUCGGCGCUC